CCUGUAUACGGUCGCCCGUGACGUUUCGAUUGAACGCUCUACCAUAAAAAUAACAUUCCAUUGGCCCGUGGGAAUCACGGUCGAUCGUUGUCGUCGUCUACAGCAGCCUUUUUGUUUUUUUUUCUCUUCUCGGUGGUGAACGAUUUUGCGACAGUGAAAAGUGAUCGUCGCGGUACGAUGCAGAUCCACAAUCCGGAAUAGGCCAGUUCCCCCGCGCCCCCCGUUUCGUUUGCUUGGACCCGUGGCGCCUCGCACAGGUUCCUACCCAUUCGACCGACCCCCCUGAGCAUCCGAAAAGCCUGCUAGGCGAGCUGCUCCCAUAAUGGCAUUCCUCUGUCCCGUACGCAUAAGACGGGGGAAAAAGAAGAAACCGAUCGGAAGCGAUAUCGACAAGGAUCUGUCGAGCAGUCUCGGGCUGAAUCAUGGCAUGGGCCGCAUCACUGGAUCGGCCAGCAUCGAAACGCUCGUGCGGGUCGGCAUCGAGAAGGAGCACGGUCUCAGCCCCGACAGCAAGAUGGUGGUGCUGCACGACUUUACACCCUGCGUGGACGACGAGCUGGAGGUGAAGCGGGGCCAGAUAGUGAACAUACUGUACCGCGAGAACGACUGGGUGUACGUGAUCGGGCAGGACACGCGGCAGGAAGGCUUCAUACCGCACUCGUACUGUGCCCCGUUCAACACGCAGCUGGCCGAUCUGGCCAUCAAGAAGAAGCUGCCGCGCGAUCUCUCCACCAUGGGUGCUCCAGGCGGCGGUGGUGGUGGUGGUGUUAACGGUGGUGGAGGUAGUGGAGGAGGCGGUGGUACUGGCCCGGGGACGACCGGGCUGGUGGUCGGUGGAGGGGGCCUCGGCAAUGGUGUCGGGCUGACGGCGGCCGACCUGACCGACGGCGGUAUGCCCGACAUCAGUAUGGACGUGCUGGACGACAGCACUGGACCGGGGCUGCUCACGAACGCGCUGAAGCACUCGCAGGCGAGUCUCAGCUCGGAGCCCGAUUUCUUGCCAUUCGCCAAGGACCCGAGCGGUCGGUACAUCGUGCUGUACACGUUUAUCGCGCGCGACGAGAACGACGUGUCGGUGGAGCGGGGCGAGUUUGUGACCGUGCUGAACCGGGAGGACCCGGAGUGGUUCUGGAUCGUGCGGAGCGACGGGCAGGAGGGCUUCAUACCGUCCGGGUUCGUCUACCCGGCGGAGAACAUUUUGCAGGGCCAUGCGGGGAAGCAGCAGCAGCAGCAGGGCGGUGUAAAUAGUAUGGGAUCGAUCGGUAACGACAUGAACAGUCUGCAAGCGAUGGGUGGAGGUAAUAUGACGCUCGGCGGAGGUGGCGGUGGUCAACAUCAGCAGCAGCAACAGCAGCAACAGCAACAGGCCCAGCAUCAACAGCAGGCACAGCAGCAGCAGCAGCAGCAGCAACAUCAGCAACAACCUGGCAUCGGAUCGGACGAUCUACGGUAUCAUGGCACGGAGCUGGUAAUGCUCUAUGACUACAAGGCACAAGCACCAGACGAUUUGAGCGUACGGAGAGGCGACUGGAUCUAUGCCGACCUCAACAACCAAACCGUCGACGGAUGGUUGUGGGCCUACGCACCGAAAACCCGCAAGUACGGUUUCAUUCCCAAAGCAUACGCCCGCCCACCUGCCAUGACGAGUCUGUAGAGGAGUUCCGUGUUUCGUCGCGCUUCAAAUCCCCUUUCCUGUAUUGGUUAGUUUCUAACUUAUUCGUAAACCGCGCGCGCAAGCAACGUAGAAUGUAAUAAGGCAAACGUUUUCUUCCAUGUCGAAGUGUGAGAUAAUUGCGAGAAUAAUCCUGUAGUUUAAGCAUUAUAUGUUUUCUGUCCCCUUUUCCCUGUCCCGUCCACACGGUUCGUCGAUUCGUUUCACCGGUACAUUCCUCAUUCCCCCUUAGAAAUGGUCCGUAGUGUAACCGUUUUUUUGAAUUGUGAACGUUUGUAUUUUAUUUUUAUAUUUUUAUACACGCGCUCUAGCUCAAGUCUAUUAACUUUAUUCGUAUUAAUGUAUUUUUUUAUACAAAUAAAAGUGAACGGAAAAGAAUAAA